CCAGGAGGCUCCACGGAUACCAACCGGCCGUUUUCCCUCCGCCCCCGGCCUCCCCUUUACCUCCCCAGGCAGCUCUGUGGCCGACUCGGGUUCCGCGGGCGGCGGAGCGGGCGCGCGCUCCGGGGGUCGCGCGGCUGCUGAGAAGGGCGAGCGCGCGCGGGGAGGGAGUGGAGGCGUAGGGGGGCGGGGGUACGGCUCGCUCGCUCGCAAGAUGGCGGACGAGGACGGGGAAGGGAUUCACCCCUCAGCCCCUCACAGGAACGGAGGUGGCGGCGGCGGUGGGGGCUCUGGGCUCCACUGCGCGGGGAACGGCGGCGGGGGAGGCGGCGGCCCGCGGGUCGUGCGCAUCGUCAAGUCCGAGUCCGGCUACGGCUUCAACGUGCGGGGCCAAGUGAGCGAGGGCGGGCAACUGCGGAGCAUCAACGGGGAGCUGUACGCGCCGCUGCAGCAUGUGAGCGCCGUGCUGCCCGGGGGGGCGGCCGACCGGGCCGGGGUGCGCAAGGGGGACCGCAUCCUGGAGGUGAACGGCGUGAAUGUUGAGGGGGCGACACACAAGCAGGUGGUGGACCUGAUCCGAGCAGGCGAGAAGGAAUUGAUCUUGACAGUGUUGUCUGUGCCUCCACAUGAGGCAGAUAACCUAGAUCCCAGUGAAGACUCGUUGGGACAAUCAUUUUAUGAUUACACAGAAAAGCAAGCUGUGCCCAUAUCGGUCCCCACAUACAAACAUGUGGAGCAGAAUGGUGAGAAGUUUGUGGUAUACAAUGUUUAUAUGGCAGGGAGGCAGCUGUGUUCUAAGCGGUACCGGGAGUUUGCUAUCCUACACCAGAACCUGAAGAGAGAGUUUGCCAACUUUACAUUUCCCCGACUUCCAGGGAAGUGGCCAUUCUCUUUAUCAGAACAGCAAUUAGAUGCCCGACGUCGGGGGUUGGAAGAAUAUCUAGAAAAAGUAUGCUCAAUACGUGUCAUUGGUGAGAGUGACAUCAUGCAGGAAUUCCUAUCAGAAUCAGAUGAGAACUACAAUGGUGUGUCCGACGUAGAACUGAGAGUAGCAUUACCAGAUGGAACAACAGUUACAGUCAGGGUUAAAAAGAACAGUACCACAGACCAAGUGUAUCAGGCUAUUGCAGCAAAGGUUGGCAUGGACAGUACAACGGUGAAUUACUUUGCCUUAUUUGAAGUGAUCAAUCAUUCCUUUGUACGUAAGCUGGCACCUAAUGAAUUUCCUCAUAAACUCUACGUCCAGAAUUACACAUCAGCUGUGCCAGGCACCUGCCUGACCAUUCGAAAGUGGCUUUUUACGACAGAAGAAGAAAUCCUCUUAAAUGACAAUGACCUUGCUGUUACCUACUUUUUUCAUCAGGCCGUUGAUGAUGUGAAAAAAGGUUAUAUCAAAGCAGAGGAAAAGUCCUACCAGUUACAGAAGCUGUAUGAACAAAGGAAAAUGGUCAUGUAUCUCAACAUGCUGAGGACUUGUGAGGGCUACAAUGAAAUCAUCUUCCCCCACUGCGCCUGUGACUCCAGGAGGAAGGGGCACGUUAUCACAGCCAUCAGCAUCACGCACUUUAAACUGCAUGCCUGCACUGAAGAAGGACAGCUGGAGAACCAGGUAAUAGCAUUUGAAUGGGACGAGAUGCAGCGAUGGGAUACGGAUGAAGAAGGAAUGGCCUUCUGCUUCGAGUAUGCACGAGGAGAGAAGAAGCCUCGAUGGGUUAAAAUCUUCACACCAUAUUUUAAUUAUAUGCACGAAUGCUUCGAGAGGGUGUUCUGUGAGCUCAAGUGGAGAAAAGAGAACAUUUUCCGGAUGGCGAGGUCACAGCAGAGGGAUGUGGCCACCUAGCCUUCCCUCACCCCUCCUCUUCACCCUCAUCCUCUCACCCCUUCCGUCUCCUGUGUCAGAGUAACCAUUAACACAAAAGAAGAGAAAAAGGAAAAAAGUCAUUAUGUUCAAAAGCCCUAAACUAAAUACUAUUAAUAAUCCCUCUGAGUUUCAUGUCUCUGGAAUUGAGCUGGUAGAGAACGACAGAUUGGUCCGCACCGGGAGCAGCUGAGUUCAGACAGGAAAUUAAGCCCAACCACGCGCCAAAGGUGUCUUUAUCCUCUCACCUGGGCCUCACACCAACAGACUCUCCUUGUACUAUAUUUUUAAAACUGGAACUAUGAACUCCAUCCAUUUGCACUGUUCAGACAUAUAUAUGUAUGUAUGUAAAAAUUAUAUAUACACAAAUUAGCUGCACGUAUAUACAUAUAUAUAUUUCUUUUUAAAUUUCAUAUUGAUGGCAGUACCUUUUUUAGCUUGUGUUUUUACACACCUUUCACUAGAAUUCAUGACUUCUCUCUUGCUCUCUUUAUUUUGAAACAAACUUUAAAAAGGAAAAAAAAAAUAUUUUACUGGGAAAAUACCUCUCCUCAUGAAGGACUCGAAAAGUUUACAACCUGCUUGGGUUUUUUCCCCCCUUUUUUGUAUUGAGUGAAGAUUCUGGCUUAUGGGUUGGCAUAGAGUCUGAGGAGCAAGGAGCAUAGUUUCUUUAUCUUCCAAGAAGCUGCUGGGAGGAGACUGAGGUGUAUUUGUCAAGGGCAGCAAGACUUGCAGAUCUGCAGGGAGAGUCUGAAGACUUGGUGUGGUCCUCGAUUCCAAGACAGCUUUCCUGGCCCAGCUCUCUCCCACUCACGGUUUUCUAGCCACACUCCCCAUCUCCUUCUUGCUUCCCGAGGGCCCCUUGUGUGCUCUCCACUGACCUAGAAUGGAGGGGAGAGGUGGGCUCAGGAGGUUGAUGCCACAGGAACCUGAAACAUUUCAUGGUUGUCAUUUCCCAUUUCUCCUUCUGAAGCAGGCAGAGUACUAGGGACCAGAGUUAAAGCCAAUACCUUUAGGCACAAAGAUUGGACUUAGGGGAAAGGAAGGAAGGAAUACCCUGUGUACCUAAGCUUUUCCCCACUCCAUUCCUGACCAGUAACCAUCCAUAACCAUUACAUUCUCUGUGACUUCCUUAAACAGCUGUGUUGGGGAGGAAUCUGACAGUGUCCCUAAGGCCUUGGGGAAAUUUAGUCAGUGGUCUGGGCCAGCCAAACCAGUGCCCAUCCAAGCCAGCUGAGGACCCAGGAAGGACCAGUAGGGAUAUGGUCGGUUUGGGUUGGAUCUCAACUUCUAAUGAAAAGGAGACUGAAGGAAAGCCUUUCUGUCUCUCAAAGAGUUCCUCGUCUCACCUUGGGAUUUUGAGACCCAAGAGCUGCACCCAGGGCCUGGAGGGCCAGGCUUACCAGCUGGCAUCUCGUGUUGGGAUUUUGAGCCCUAAGAGCUGCACCCCAGGGCCUGGGGGGCCAGGCUCACCAGCUGGGGCAGCACUCUCAGGCAGGCUCUGUAGAUACUGCACUGGGAGCUCGAAGUCAGACUCUGAUGUUGCUGAAACACAUCCACGAGCCUUCUUUUCUUUUCCCCUUCUCUACUCUCUACACAAAACCUCCACUGGGUGGCGUCUUUGGCUUUGUCUAACUGGGAGGCCACCGUACCAGGUUUAGUUACUCCACUGAGCAGUGGCGGGGUGGUUUGAAGUUUCUGUUUUGGUGACUUGAUUUUGCAGAUCAUUGUGAGGCCACUUUUCUUUCUCACUCUGUUACCCUGGCGGCUGCUUGCCCCAGGACAGUUGUCCAUCAUACAGGACAUCUGUCUUCCCUCCCUUUCUCCAAACCCAGUUGGGAUCACAGUGCAGAACGUAGGAAUGCUCAAUGUUUAAAGGUGCAGAGAGCGAUCCCCAAUUUGAAAGUUUUGAUACAGAAUUAGCUUCUUUUGGCUUAAGUGAAUUUAAUAAUGAGCCAGAGGGCCCUAGAAAGGAGAUCUGUUUCCCCACUCCAAGAUGCCAAAGAGGCUUUUGGUGCCAGCUUUUUCCCACUGCAAACAGCAGCGGCUUGCCCCUGUGCCCUCAGACUGGGAGAGGAAUGGACAAAUCUGGGAGUCCGUGCAAUGUUCCCACUGUUGACCUCUGGGUGUGAGGUGUCAGGUGGGGGGAGGGUGCCCUUGGGUCUGAGGCCCCUUGGAGCGGGUGCCACUCUGUUCCUUUGGCAGAGCACGCACUCGGUGCUUUGGAGACUGGGCAAGGGCGCCACGCAUGGGUGGUUGGCCUGUUGGCAGAAUCUGUUUAGAAACAGCCCCUACUGGCUGUACCAGUAAAAGCUGCAGUGAGGACGGGGAAGGAGGGAGCCCCUGGCCAACAGUACCUUUCCCCCUUCCUCCCACAGCAGGCCUCUUGGACCGGCGCGCAGAGGUCACUGUGGCUCCAUAGGAUCAAGCUCUUUUUUGCAUGAAGCAGUGUUAGUGUGACACUCCUCCCCGCCCCCCUCUCCGUCCCCCCCCCCCCUUGUUCUGUACUUCCUCUCCCUAAUCCCUGCUAUGGUUCUCAGUCCUGGGUUCUGCCCAGGGAGCCCUCUGCCCAGUCUUCUUUUGCAGUUUGUCUCUGGAAAAUGGAGGGGCUCCCCUCCCCCCCUCCUUUGCCCCAGCAGAGCCUGCAGGGUCUUCCUGAUCUGUUAUCCUCCCCUCUACCACUCAGUUUCUAUCCUCUGGUAAAAGCUCAGAGUUUUGUAUAGAUCAGGGAAAAAUGCAGGCCCUGAGAAACCUGUCCCUGCAGAAAGGUUCCCUUGGGCCAUGCUUUGGGCUCUCUGCUCUUUAUAUUUUUAUUCUACUCUCCAUUUUCCUGCCCUCCUCUUGCCCUCUGCCUAAGCUCAGCCCAGCUGUCUGCUGAGGGCAGCUCCUAGGCCUGGCCUGUCUAGUUUUCUCCUGUCGUCACCCAGGCUAGUAGCUUUGGUUAUCCCCUUCUAGCUCCAAACCUAGUGCCUGGAGCUGCAGUACAGGGCAUUGACAGGAGGGGACACAUCUCUCUCCUCUCAGAGUUUGCCCCCUUACAGCCUGGCUCCGAGGAGGCAGUUUUCCUCAAGGGGACUGUAUCCUGGCUGACCCAAAGUCUCCAGACCUGGAGGGACUACUGUGCCCCCCUUGUCUCCAUCGUGCUUUCUGGCUGGAUCAGUUCAGAGACCAUUUGGACUGUUGGAGCCCAGCACCCCACUAGAUUCCCCUGCCAGAGUCAGUGUGUCCCAUUAGCUUCCCUCUGAAGGGGGGUGGGGGAACAGUGUGGCUGGUGCUCGGAGAGAGAAGAGCGACAGCGGCUGAACUCGCGCAUUCCAGUCCUACCACCUGCCUGCCUCCCCUCUGCCCCCCAGCGCCGUGCCAGGCUUCACCCCGGGGCGGCAGCUCAGUCCUCAGCAAUAAUCUCGAGUGUGGGGGUGCUUAGGGUUCUGGGGAAGGGCAGGAGCAAAGAGGGCAGUGCUGUGGGCUGGAGGCACUUGGCCAGCUGCUAAAUUAGACCCCGGUUUUAUAUCAUGCCCCCUUUUUAAGCCGGUGAGCUGGGCUUCAGUUUUCCCCAGGCCAUGCACACUUUUAAUUUAUUUGACAAACUCUAAUUGUAUUUUCACUGCAGUAUCUUGUAUUUUUUAUUUGUGAUUUAAGAAAUGUGAAGAGAAAAUACACAGACACAUAAUGGCUAACAGUGUUUCUUUCAUUCCUUGUUCUACAGCUAACCACUCUAAAAUUGUUUGGUAAUGUCACUUAGUGUAAUUAAUUGUAACAUAUUCUUUUAAAUAAAUUGAUUUAUUGAUGAAA